AUGGUGAGGAUGAUUGUGAUCCAGAAUGUGGGGACCAGUUCCCCAGCGAAGAUUAGGAGACAGUGGGUGAAGAGGAUUCAGUGGGGUGUCCUCCUGGGGCUGAUGGUCCUCAUCUAUGGCUCCCAUGCACCGCUCAUCACUCUCACCAAAGUAGACGGCCGAGUCCCUUUCAACCCCUCCUCUUGUGUCGUCAUGAUUGAGUUAGCCAAACUCCUCAUCUCUCUGGUGACUCUUGUUCUGACUGGGGGUGCAUCCGCUUUACGUGCUCCUCUGCAUCUAGUCCUUGUGGCCCCCUAUGCGGUCCCUGCCGUCCUCUACGCCCUCAACAACAACCUGGUAGUCCUCAUGCAGGCCUACAUGGACCCGAGCUCAUACCAAGUCCUCUCUAAUCUUAAAAUUGCCUCCACUGCCCUGCUGUACUCUGUCUGUCUGGGCAAGAGGCUCCGGCCUGUUCAGUGGUUAGCUCUUGGGUUGCUCAUGGGUGCAGGGGUGUGUCACAGCUACAGCAGCCUGGAUCUAGGGGAGCUUGAGGGAGAUGAAGCAGAGGAAGGUCCCAGGCUUCAUAUCACAGCUUGGGGACUUCUCCUCGUGCUGGUGUACUGUCUCAUUUCAGGGCUGGCGGCAGUUUACACAGAGAGGGUGCUGAAGAGCCAGAAGCUGCCCCUCAGCCUGCAGAAUAUCUACCUCUAUGUAUUUGGUGUGGCCAUCAAUGGGCUGUCCUCCUUCUCCUCUGUAGCAAGUGAAAAGAGCUUUCUUGAGGGAUACUCAGGGGUGGUUUGGAUCAUUAUAGCAGGGCAGGCAGCUAACGGACUCUUAAUGUCUGUGGUGCUUAAGCACGGCAGCGGGAUCACCAGACUGUUUGUCAUUUCCUGCUCCAUGCUGGUUAAUGCUUUGUUGUCGUGGGCAACUUUAGGGCUGCAGCUCACUCCUUUUUUCCUCCUACCUGUUUCUAUGAUUGGACUGGCAGCUUACCUUUAUUACAUAUAAAAGAAAUGAACCACAAAGCCUGUUUAACCCAAAAAAGAACUCUCAUAAGAGUCCUUCUAAAAUUCUUUGUGUUUGAGUUUUUCCCUAGCUUUUUUUCUGCCUUUUUUCUUUCUGCCUUCUGAGUCUAGCACUGAAUUGGACUCCAGAAUCAAACACAUAACAUUUCAUAUCAUAUUUUAGAGUUUAAUUCUGUCACACUUCUCCAAGUACAUUCAGAUUAUAAUGCAAGUAAAGAUCAAUAUAUCUUCAGUUAAAUGUAUCUGAAGAGUGCUGCUAUUGUCGUGUUUUGUGUUACAUGAUCUGCCAAGAACAAUGUCAAAGAUUAAUAAAAACUAAUAAACUGUCAAAACUG